UUGGAGAGGAGUGAGCCGCUGCCCGAGAGAAGAGGAAAAGAGCCAAUUCCGUCUCCACAAAGGGACCCAUGAUAAGCGGAUAGACAUGGACGUUAACGCACAACACGGACGCUGUUGUCCUUUGUGAGGAGGACCGCGUUGUCCAGUCGGAAAGAUCCGGUAUAUGAAGAGUUAAGACUCGACAUCCCAACUGUUUAUUUCAGCAGCUAGCAGGCUAGCUGGCUAGAUACCUAGGAGCUAGAAAUGGGAAGAUCGAGUGAGUUUGCUUGAUAGAGAUCUUCGUCGAGGUUUGAAGAAGCUGUUUUCGGUUUAAAUGCUGUCGGCGGUGAUUUGAAGUGUGCGUCGCCCGCCUCGUAAGUAGCCGCAACUUUAAAGAAUGAUAUCAACUGAGCGCUAAGCAUUUCACUACUACAGACCCGGAGAGGAAAAAGUCAUACAGGCCUGCUGGCUCGAGGUUGCACACUAACACCAAGAAGGGAGAACAUGACUCACUGGCCUCUGCCAGAGACUGGCACGGGGCAGCUGUGCCAAAAUUGCCUCAGCCUGCCGCUUUAGAAGCAACCCUGGUACAUCAUGACGGAGAGGCAUUGAGGUUUGCUCCCUGACGAUCGUCUCAAUACCUCUCCUCCUCCCUAUCCCUCAAGAACCCCCGCCCUUGCCCCGUCCCCACCAUGCUGCGCUUUCUGCCUCUCAAACUUGGCCGCCUGUACCGGUGUCUGAAGCUCUUAUUGGUUGUGGGGUUGUUUGUCAUCUUGUUGAUGAACACCCACAACCUGUUCGCUUCCUUCCAGAAGAAUGAGCUCACUGACAGGCGCUUCAUCAACCUCAACAAGUGUCCCGCCUGCUUUGGCACCAGCUGGUGCCGCAAGUUCAUGAACGGCCAGGUUUCCUUCGAAACCUGGGGCCGCCUACGAUUCCUAGACGUUUUCAAUGUCAAGAAUGUUUACUUUGCUCAGUAUGGUGAACCCAGGGAGGGCACCCGUCGUGUUGUGCUGAAACGGCUCGGCUCCAACCAGGAGCUGGCCGAGAUAGACCAGAAAAUCUGCAAGAGGGCCACGGGCAGGCCGCGCUGUGACCUCAUCCAGGCGAUGUACAAGACUGAGUUUGCCCGGAUCAACGGCGACGUUCGCCUGCUCACUCCAGAGGUGGUGGAGGGCUGGUCAGACCUGGUGCACUGCCCCUCUCAGAGGCUGCUGGACCGCGUGGUCCGCAGGUACGCUGAGACCAAAGACUCAGGCAGCUUCCUGCUGAAGAACCUCAAAGACACGGAGCGAAUGCAGCUGCUCAUGACCUUGGCAUUCAACCCGGAACCGCUCGUACUACAGAGCUUUCCGUCAGACGAAGGGUGGCCAUUCGCCAAGUACCUGGGAGCGUGUGGGCGCAUGGUAGCUGUCAACUACGUGGGCGAGGAGCUGUGGAGUUUCUACAAUGCACCCUGGGAGAAGAGGGUAGACUUGGCGCGCCAGCUCAUGGACAUUGCAGAGCAGCUCACCAACAACGACUUUGAGUUUGCCCUCUACCUGCUCGAUGUCAGCUUCGAUAACUUUGCGGUCGGCCCACGCGACGGAAAGGUCAUCGUCGUUGAUGCUGAGAAUGUUCUGGUGGCAGACAAAAGGCUGAUUAAGCAGAACAAGCCAGAAAACUAUGACGUGUGGUACGAGAGCCGCUUUGAGGAGUGCGACAGAGAGGCCUGCCUGUCUUUCUCCAAGGACUCCUUAUGUUCCAGGGUCACAGUGGACCACAACUACUAUGCUGUGUGCCAGAACCUGCUGUCGCGGUACGCUACGUGGCGGGGCACCACUGGAGGCCUCCUCCACGACCCCCCCGCCCACAUAGCCAAAGAUGGACAACUCGAGGCACUGUUGGACGAGUGCACCAAACCCAAAAAGCGCUACGGCCGCUUCCAGGCGGCCAAGGAACUGCGUGAAUAUCUCACACAGCUAGCUGCCGCUUCCUCCUCCGCUACGGCCAGGUAAUGAAUGGAGUCGGCGUUAGCCCGACGCACUGAAAGACUGGAUCCUGUACUCUUUAUCUCCGAACUCUCGAGAUCCUGGUUCUUGUACAUGAUGUCAUUCGCUUCGCUUUUGUGCGCCGGAGCAGGGAGGUGUUAGAGGUCUUGCAUCAGGAAGUGUAAGAAUCAAAACUUCAAAGCAGAUUUGUUUAAGCUGUAGCUUUUACCUGACUUUGCUCCGGUGUGAAAGUGGAGUGUGGCGCUACGAGAUUCUGGUGAGAACCGGGAUAGAGAGGGGAUAGAGGUAACCUCUCGUCUCCCAGGGUGGGCUGCCAUCUUUGGGGAGGGAGGUGAGAAAGGGCUCUGGUACACGCAUCCUGCACUGGAACUAUGCUACCGCAGACCAGAGCAACAAGAGCAGCAACAUCGACAGCAUUCAUCCUCCUGUUCACUCUCAAUCCAUCAGAACUGUUGUGUUUUAUAACAUCGACUCUUAACACCUGUUUCAUUUUGCCCCUAGGAUCUCUUGUUUUUUUUCUUAUUCAGGGCUGAAUUUAAGUACGUUGAUGCGUUUACAUUUUUGCUGUGCCAUUGCUUUUUUUGUUCCUCUGUAGCAUGGCUGCGGGGAAGGCGGAGGUAGCAUGAAUCUCCUGCUGUCAGGCAGCAGCGAAGGCCAAGCUACAGCAGGUAGAGAGGAGAGGCAGGGAGUUGGGGGUCCAUGCAGGAGAAAAAGAAAACCCUCGACGGCUAUAUAAGUCUAAUUUCCUGCUACUCCAAUCAGUCACUUGAUUUCCAGGUUCCAGGAUUGUGGCAAUCAUCUCUUUUUUUUUCUAAGUGUGUUUUCCCCCCUUUUUCAAUAGGAGACAGAGAGUGAGAGAGCUGCACAUAGGAAAGGGGAUGGGAAUAAUUGGACAGUGGUGGUCCCUUGAUGAAGAUGUGCCUAUACCAAAGAGGCUAUAUGUAAUAUUAAGUACCCUGAGCAGUACAGAGUGACGGCACCUUUCCCUCCAGUUGUCCCCCAAUAGAGCUGUCCAAAACAGUGUGUGAACAAGCAUAUAUGAGCCUGCAUAUGGUGUCAUUUUUUUCUUUAAGAACCAAAACAUGUAUGUGAGUCAAAGAUUGGGUGUAAUUAAUGUCACACAGCCCCACCAGCUUUUUAACCUCCCAUACAAUUGGUAAAUGAUCAAAUAGGCAUGCUUAACUUCAACAACAUAAAAAAACCCAUCUCAACUAAAUAAAAGAGGGAAAUGAAGUGAUUCUUAAGAGGACUCGAAAACACAAUAAAAUAGCGUAGCAGUGGCCUCCAGCGCCAAAUUCUCUUUUAAAUGUCUGUAACUGAUAAAUGAAUCCUAUUGUCAAACUUCUCCCACUAGUGUUGAGCGCAGUAAAGCUCUAUCAAGUAAAUGUUAAAAAGGGGAAAUGAAGAUAGCCUAAAUUACCUCCUUGCUCCAGAAACAGGCUUCGGACCUUCACUUUGAAAUUUUGCAGCCCAGAAAUUUCUGUUGAAUAUUUAAACACUCGGCACCACUUAGAGGUCGGGUUGAUUUUACACUCAGCGGACCAACGAAUUAAAGGGUAAUAACAAAUACAGGCUCAUUUGGUAAUGGAUUCUGAGAGAUCUUAACUCUUAAAAAAAAAACAGUCCCUUCUUUGGCUCCAUAUGUUUUAUGUUUCGUGUGUCUUGAUGUUGUGAAUCAGACGCUAAAUUCCCAGUGGAGUGGUGUGUAGCACGGUCAACAGACAGACGGAUAUUCAAGUAAAUAUGAGCCAAUUUAUCUACAGGGGAAAAUAGAAAGCACGGCGGUUGCUUUUUUGGCCUUUUGCAAGACCCGGGAAGCUGGCUUGACCUCUGUCAGUUAGGAAAAGCAAUAACAAGAAGUUUGGCUUGUGGAUUUCUGGUUUUCCUUUGUUGUGUCCAAUAUAUUUCUGUUUCCCCUUGUAUGGAGGACACUGAACCUGGAGGGAUCUGUACGUGCGUAACUAACUGUCCACUUUUGUACUGUAAUUUUCUUUUGAGUAUUAUAUCAGCAUUGUCUGAUUUUUCCUGUGCCUUUCAUUCAAAAGUUGUAUUUACAACUUUUAGUGGGUUUAAAUAUUAAAAAUAAAUGAAGAUAUAUAUAUAUAUAUAUA